AACUUUUCUCAUUUCUCAUUGGAACAACCACUACAAUCCUAUCCUCCUAAAAUUCAAAAAUUCAAAUUACCGACAUGCUCCUUCCUUUCCUGCCGGCGCCACCACCACCACUGCGAAAUUAAAAUCAUUCCUCCACCAUUUGAUAACACACAUGAAUCUCCAUCUCCUUUUUCUUUGACUGAUACAAUAAACACCUUUACGUCUUCGUUUUCUCCCAAAAAUCAACUCUACACGAUCAAAACUCACUAUAGAUGGAAGAGAGUAAGACUAGAGAUGAUGAAGUUGGGGAGGAGGCAAUGAUGAUUGGACAAAACUCACUAGAGAUGAAACCACGGUCAUGAGUGUUGUUAUCGGAGGAGCUGUUAGGGUUAGGUUUUGUUAGGUGUAGGAAACAAAGAGAAAGAGAUGGUUUGGUUGUGGAGAAUUUGGAAAAAGAUUAAGAAGGACCUUUGGUUCAGAAAGAUUGCAAGAAUUAGUAGAAAUCAAAGUAGCCAAACAAGAAAAAAAUAGAGCAAUUACUGAAUAUUCCUCCACACUUUUUCGUUAAUUCGAUUUAGGCAUUUAUACAGAAUUUAUACAACAAAUCAACGGCCAGGUUGGCCAUCUAAAUCAACACCGUUGAGACAUAAUUGCUUUAACUAACGAGACCUAAACUUUGGAACACAGUUUGAUCUUUAUCAAAACUAAGACACUUUGAAGUGAGAAGAAGUAGAAGAAAGAAGAAACGAAGUGUCCAGAAGAAGCUUCAUUCUCUGCCCAUACAGUGCACUUUUGGUUUAAUGAACUUAAACCAAAACGCACAACAUUUGUUAAAAGUUAAUAUGGGCUGCAACUUUACAUUUGGACUGCUACACCUCAACAGCUCCUGCUCUCUUCUAGUUGGGUUUCGGAACAUCAGUAGAAAUGGGCUUCAAGGAGACUCAACUGCAUUUCUAGUUUAACAGGUUCAAAUAUUCAAUUUCUCACAUGCUCUUUCCUUUGUUGCCGCCACCGCCACCACCACCUGAGAUCAUUCCUCCACCAUUUGAUAACACACAUAAAUCUCCAUCUCCGCUUUCUUUUACUGAUACAACAAAUACCUUUACCUCUUCGUUUCUCCCAAAAAUCAACUCUACAUGGUCAAAACUCACGAGAGAUGGAAGACAGUAAGACUAGAGACAAUAAAGUUGGAGAGGAGGCAAUGAUGACUGGACAAAACUCACUAGAGAUGAAACCACGGUCAUAAGUGUUGUUAUUGGAGGAGGUGUUAGGGUUAGGUUUUGUUGGGUGUGGGAAAUAAAGAGAAAGAGAUAGUUUGGUUGCGGAGAAUUUGGAAAAAGAUUAAGAAGGACCUUUGGUUCUGCUACACUACUAUUAUAAUCAGGAAGCUGUCAGGAUUUUAGACAUGUCUUCAAAAACCUCAGCAUCACUUGCCUUCGUCUUUGCAUUCAACAUUCUCUUCUUUACCCUAGUCACUGCAUGUAGCUCUUGCCCUAAACCAAUGCCAACCCUCGGCUCAGGAUCUUUCUCUGGAUCAGGAUCGGGAUCAGGUUCAGGAUCAGGCUCGGGAACAGCUUCCUGCCCUAGGGAUGCUGUUAAACUAGGUGUAUGCGCUGAUGUGCUUGGUGCCCUGGUGAAUGUGACGGUUGGCACACCACCUGUAACUCCAUGCUGUUCUCUCAUUCAAGGCCUUGCUGAUCUUGAGGCUGCAGUUUGCCUUUGCACUGUCAUCAAAGCCAACAUUUUGGGUCUCAACCUUAAUCGCCCAGUAUCUCAGCUUACUUUUGAACGUCUGUUCUAGGAACGCUUCCUCUGGCUUCCAAUGUGCCUAGUAAUAUUUCUAUUUCGUUGUUUCCAACUUCUAAGAUUAUAAGUUAUGCAUUAUCGUGUCGUUUGCUGCCAGUUUAACUCUCGUUGUGAUGGUGUGAUGGUAUUCUGAUUGUGGGCUGAUGGUGAAUAAGUUUGUCUUGCUUCCAUUGUUACUUGUCGCUAUUGUGCUUCUGUUGAAAAUAAUAUUCAACAUGGUUUAUACGUGUUUAUUAUAAACA